GCCUGUACUCUCAGGGGACAACCUUGGAAUCUGUCCUCCCCUCCCAACUCCAGGUUAAAAACCUCAGCAGCACGUGCUGUUUGCAAAACUGCCUGCCACCGACCAGAGAUCUCACUCACAAGGGGAGCCAGCAUGUCAGCUGUGGUCCUGGAGAAUGGAAGCCCUGGCAGGAAACUCUCUGAGGGACAGGAAACAAGCUAUAUUGAAGACAACUCCAGUCAAAAUGGUGCCAUAUCACUGAUCUUCUCACUCAAAGAAGAAGUUGGUGCCCUGGCCAAAGUCUUGCGCUUAUUUGAGGAGAAUGAUAUAAACCUGACCCACAUUGAAUCCAGACCUUCACGCCUAAAGAAAGAUGAAUAUGAAUUUUUUACCUAUCUGGAUAAACGUAGCAUGCCUGUCCUGGCAAACAUCAUCAAGAUUUUGAGGCAUGACAUCGGUGCCACUGUCCAUGAGCUUUCUCGGGAUAAGACAAAAGACACAGUGCCCUGGUUCCCAAGAACCAUCCAAGAGCUUGACAGAUUUGCCAAUCAGAUUCUCAGCUAUGGAGCAGAACUGGAUGCAGACCAUCCUGUGAGUCCCCCACAUCGGUGCCCCUUCCAAUGCUCCUUCUUCCUCUUUUUUACAUUUGCUCUGCUGGAGACAAAUAUUUCAUGCCUGUAUUCUAGUGGUCAGCCCAUCCCUCAAGUGCAAUACACGGAAGAAGAAAAGAAAACAUGGGGGAUGGUAUUCAGGACCCUGAAGUCCUUGUAUAAAACCCAUGCUUGCUAUGAGCACAAUCACAUCUUCCCACUUCUGGAAAAGUACUGUGGCUUCCGUGAAGAUAACAUUCCACAGCUGGAAGAGGUUUCUCAAUUUCUUCAGAGUUGCACUGGAUUCCGCCUCCGACCUGUGGCUGGCCUGCUUUCCUCCCGGGAUUUCUUGGGUGGCCUGGCCUUCCGAGUCUUCCACUGCACUCAGUACAUCAGACAUGGGUCCAAACCCAUGUAUACACCUGAACCUGACAUCUGCCAUGAACUGUUGGGACACGUACCCUUGUUUUCAGAUCGCAGCUUUGCUCAGUUUUCCCAGGAAAUUGGCCUUGCCUCUCUGGGUGCCCCUGAUGAGUACAUUGAGAAACUUGCCACAAUUUACUGGUUUACUGUGGAGUUUGGUCUCUGCAAACAAGGAGACUCCAUAAAGGCCUAUGGUGCUGGGCUCCUGUCAUCUUUUGGUGAAUUACAGUACUGUUUGUCUGGCAAGCCAAAACUCCUCCCCCUGGAGUUGGAGAAGACAGCCACCCAGGAGUACACUGUCACAGAGUUCCAGCCCCUCUACUAUGUGGCUGAGAGUUUUAAUGAUGCAAAGGAGAAAGUGAGGAACUUUGCUGCUACAAUCCCACGGCCCUUCUCAGUUCGUUAUGACCCAUACACUCAAAGGAUUGAGGUCUUGGACAAUACUGAGCAGCUUAAGAUUUUGGCCGACUCCAUCAACAGUGAAGUUGGAAUCCUUUGUAGUGCCCUCCAGAAAAUAAAGUGAAACCAUGGACAAAACCUGUCAACUGAGAAUCUGUUGAUAGAAAUCUGUUGAUGGAAAUUUCAUUUCAUCUGAAAAAGUUUGAAAAGUAAACCUUAAUUUGAAUUGACAGCCUUAAAUCUUUUUUGGAACAAGAUGGAGGAUGAACAAAUAAAUCAAAAUAACUUGAAAUGACAGCAUAUUAAUGCAUAUCCAAAAGCAUAAUCUUCUGGGGUCAUCUUUGAUUUAGAGAUGAUAAUCCCAUACUCUCAAUUCAGUUAAAGUCAAUAAUCUGUCACCUUUCAUCAACAUUAAUUAAAAUUGGGAACUGAUUUACUCAAGCUUCAUAUAUGCUUUUGUUAUUGGCCAUAGAGAAUUCCUAAAGGAAUAUAUAUCACUCAAUAUAAAACACAAGCCUCUUAUUAGAAUUGAAUUUGUUGAUUUAAUAUAAAUUUAACUUACAAAAGUCAUUUUCUGUUUCAGUAAACUAUAAUUCUAAUUAUUGUUGUGUUUUACUCAUGUAAUUUCCUUUAAUUCAAGAGCUCAUUAAAAUAGUUAUAAAUAUUGAAGUUCAUAACAUAAUAUUGAAACAC